GCCUUUCCUCUUUUUCUUCUUCAUUUGGGGAGACUUGGGUAGAGAAAUGGUGGCCUUCUCUUGCUGCUUCUUCGUCCUCUUCGUCUUCUUUUUCCCAUGUUCCUCUUCCUCCUCCUCCUGCUCCUCCUGCUCCUCCUGCUCCUCCUCCUUCGCUUUUUCCUCCUCUGGCAACUUGUUCCAUGGGUCCACGGAUCCUGAGAUUCAGAGAGCCAGUUCCCAGUCCCUUAUCUCUCUUUUUCUUUCCUUCUACAGUGCAUUGUAAGUAGAUGUAGCAAGAAGAGGGCUCUUCAGUGGGCUCUUCAGUGGACUCACUAGACGUUUCUGAUCCUCCAAGGUCAUCAAAAUCAGUGCCACAGAAUGGUCAAACGUGCCUUGAAGCGUUGAAGCAAAGCAGUUCAGAAGUAUUUUUGGCGAUUGAGAUACUAUGUCUAAUUCAGAGACCCCCCAUGGUGACAAACAGUGCCUGGCCGUGCCAGAUGUGGAUGGAAAUGUCCUAUCCAAUGGGAACGGAAAUGGCGAUGGAGCCCCGUCAUCUUCAAAAUUGGCCCAUCGUCGUUGUUCAGCUCGGCUUUUGAGCCUGAACGUCCGAGAGGCGAUCCGUGUUCUCCGGCAGAAGGAGCACAAGGCUCGAGUUUCUGCCCUAGUUCAACGAAAUGCGGAUUUCUACCGGAAGCAGCGAUGCUGCGAGUGUGCCGCCAUGAUGAGUAUGCUGGCCAUAUUCACGUCUUUCGCGUUGUAUGUCAUUUUCGCCUAUGGUUUCCACAUUGGACAACGGCUACCUUUCACUUUAGUACAAUCCAACUUCACAUCAAAGAUCAGAAAAAUGGAGGGUGACAGCGGAGAAUUAUGGUGCCAAACUGAUCAACAUUGGGAAUGGUGCCGUUGGGUGCAUUACGACAAAUACUGCGAUUUUGAAUGGGAGUCCUAUUCUGACGGUGUUGUCACUACUUCAUGUGAUUUCCCGCCCGGCAAAGUCGAACUUUUGGGAGAUUAUGACCAAUUUCAGUGCGGCAUCCGAAUCCACGAUCUCGAUAUCAAGGAUCGAGGACUUUGGCUUUGCGAAGUGGAAAAGUAUUAUUCCGGAUUUUCUCGAAGGUAUGGGGAACUUCGCACGGCUCCUUUCACCGUGGUCGUGGUGGAGCCAACUCAAUCUUCUCCAACUUCAGAUCUUCUUGGGGAGGAGCCUUUUUAUCCCCCAAUUAAUGCCAAUCAAAGCCAAGGAGGGGAUGAUAAUCUCAUUUGGUAUGCGUCUUUUAUGAACUGGUCCCAUCCAACAUCGUCGGGAAACAAUCCCAAUGGCAGUGAAGAUGGUGAUUUUCAAAGCGAUCAGCUAGGGAACACAACGUUAUCGAGUUUGAUCAUAGAAAAUAGAGAAGAAUACCAAAAAAAGUUCUUUCUCUUGAAGGUUUUCAUACUCGGAGGUAUAUCGGUAGUUUUGGGCACCUUGGCCGUCAUAUUUUGGACGUACUUCAUGUACUUGUGGCGCACGUGGGACACGAAACGAGAGCCCACCGCCAACGAUUACGAUGAAGACAUGGAUUAUUUCGAUGAGCUUGAGGAUAUCAAUGUGAAUCAUACCUUGAUGAACAGUCGGAGAAAGAGCGUGUCUUUCACGGUGGUCCAAAUCCAGGAUGAUCAACUCUCCUUUGAUCUCUCUCGGAGAUCCGUUCUCUUAGGUACGAACGGGAGUCGGAGCGGGAGUAUCACAACCAUGGGCGAGCUCAAACCUGCUCCACAGGGUUCGCCAACGCCAUCGGCCCCAAUUAUUCAUGAUCGAAGGGAAUCCUACGAUUUGGCUUUGGUUAUCAAGUCCAACCGAAGGCUCUCCUUGGCUCCAGAGGAUGCUUUGAAAUGGACCAGGGAUUGUAAAUAGAAACAGAUGAUCUUGUUUUACUUAUACUUUCUAAGCGAAGUAAAAUGAGGGGAUAUUUUACUCUAA